AUGACCACCAAGCUCCUGACAGCCUUGAGCCUCGCGCUCGCCUCCUCCACGGGCUUCCUCGCCUCGGCGACGCCCGUCGAUGUCGCCGCCGACGCUGCCGCCACCGCCGCCGCCAAGCCGUGCCUCAAGGGCCCCGCGCUGCGACACUGGCCGCGCGAGGCUGCCAAGGCCCUCAAUGCCAUGAUCGCCGCCAACGCGCACCAGGGCCGGUACGCCGCCUUCGACAUGGACAACACCAGCUACCAGUUCGACCUCGAGGAGUCGCUGCUGCCCUACCUCGAGAACAAGGGCGUCAUCACCCGCGACUCCAUGGACCCCUCACUCAAGCUGGUGGCCUUCAAGGACACCCCCGGCCACAACGAGACCCUCUACGGCUACUACCUGCGCCUCUGCGAGAUCGACGACGCCAUCUGCUACCCGUUCGCCGCGCAAAUCUUCAGCGGCAUCCCGCUGCGCCAGCUCAAGGUGUACGUGGACGAGCUGAUGGCGCUCAACGGCACCGUCCACACGAGCUACUACGAGGGCGACGAGCUCGUCAAGGUCGAGGUCAGCCCGCCGCGCGUCUUCCGCGGCCAGGUCGAGCUGUACAACAAGCUGAUGGCCAACGGCAUCGACGUGUACGUGGUGUCGGCCGCCUCGGAGGAGCUGGUGCGCAUGGUCGCGUCGGACCCCCGGUACGGCUACAACGUCAAGCCGGAGAACGUCAUCGGCGUGACCACGGCGCUGCGCAACCUGACCAGCGGCGAGCUCACCUCGGCGCGCAAGCAGGUGGCCGCGGGCGCGUACGACGAGCGCGCCAACCUGGGCCUGGUCAUGACGCCGUUCCUGUGGACGCCGGCGACGUGGAAGACGGGCAAGUGGGCCGCCAUCCUGUCGUACAUUGACAUGUGGAAGAAGCCGAUCCUGGUCGCUGGCGACACGCCGGACAGCGACGGGCCGAUGCAGUUCCACGGCGUGGACGUGCGGCGCGGGGGGAUUCACCUCUGGGUCAACCGCAAGGACAAGUACCAGAAGCAGAUUGACCAGAUGAAGGCCGACUUUGCUGCUGCCCAGGCCAAGGAGGGCUGGCCGGUGACGGCCGACAAGAACUGGGUGACGGUCAAGCCGGCAGAUAUUCUGUAG